GUAGGCCUGGGGCGGGCUGGGGGUAGGGGCAGCUCGCGGAGGUCAGCGCUCCUCUUCCACUCCCUCUACUUUUCCCCCUUUGAAGGCCUCCCUGACGCCGCUCUUUCACCCCUUCGGCCCUCGCGCCCAGACGCCGAGGUCGCGUCUCCGCAGUGUCUCGGUGCCACUCCAUCUGCUCUCAGUAAACAUGGCGGGGCGGGCAGGGGACAGGUCCCGCUGUCACCCGGCCCACGUGUUGCGGGCCGGGUUCUUCAGUCGAAGCCAGACCCACACGUGGAGACCCGGCAGAAAAAGGGAGUGAUACUGAUCUCGGGAAGAACGACGGGGAUCUUCUUAGCUUUGGCUGAGCCACGGAGUUCCUGAUCUCACCUCAGUCACUCACAGAACCAGACCUUCAGUCUCUGCCCAGCUCCAGACACACAACUUCUCCAGACAGCUCUGCCUCGACAAGGACUGCUUUUCUAGGUCACCCUGGACAAUGUCACUUGGUGAAGGAGGACUGUGAGACCUUGGCUGAAAACCAGAUUGUAGCCACUUGUUUGUCACUGCCUAUCCAAGUGGCAGCCCAGAGCCCAGGAGCAGCAAGCAGCUACAGGUCAUAGACAGUGAAGACAUGAGUGUGGGGGUGACCACCUCUGCUCCCCUCUCCCCAACCUCAGACACAAGCAUGGUCACAUCUGCCUUCUCCCUUGUGGACUAUGUGGUCUUCAUCCUGCUUCUGGUUCUCUCCCUUGCCAUUGGGCUCUACCAUGCCUGUCGUGGCUGGGGCCGGCAUACCAUUGGCCAGCUGCUGAUGGCGGACCGCAAAAUGGGCUGCUUUCCUGUGGCACUGUCCCUGCUGGCCACCUUCCAGUCAGCCGUGGCCAUCCUGGGUGUGCCAGCUGAGAUCUACCGAUUUGGGACCCAGUAUUGGUUCCUGGGCUGCUCAUAUUUCCUGGGGCUGCUGAUCCCUGCACACAUCUUCAUCCCUAUCUUCUACCGCCUGCAUCUCACCAGUGCAUAUGAGUACCUGGAGCUUCGAUUCAAUAAAACCGUGCGAGUCUUUGGGACUGUGACCUUCAUCUUUCAGAUGGUGAUUUACAUGGGAGUUGUGCUCUAUGUACCAUCACUGGCCCUCAAUGCAGUGACUGGCUUUGAUCUGUGGCUGUCAGUGCUGACCCUAGGCCUUGUCUGUACCAUCUAUACUGCUUUGGGUGGGCUGAAGGCAGUCAUCUGGACAGAUGUGCUCCAGACACUGGUCAUGUUCCUAGGGCAGCUUGCCGUUAUCAUCGUGGGGUCAGCCAAGGUGGGCGGUUUGGGGCACGUGUGGGAUUUGGCUUCCCAGCAUGACUACAUCUCUGGAAUCGAGCUAGAUCCAGACCCUUUUGUGCGGCACACUUUCUGGACCUUGGCCUUCGGAGGCGUCUUCAUGAUGCUCUCUUUGUAUGGGGUGAACCAGGCUCAGGUGCAGCGCUACCUCAGCUCCCGCACGGAGAAGGCUGCUAUACUCUCCUGCUAUGCGGUCUUCCCUUGCCAGCAGGUGGUCCUCUGCAUAGGCUGCCUCAUUGGCUUGGUCAUGUUCGCCUACUACAAAGAGUAUCCCAUGAGCAUCCAGCAGAGUCAGGCAGCCCCUGACCAGUUCGUCCUAUAUUUUGUGAUGGAUCUUCUGAAAGGCCUGCCGGGCCUGCCUGGGCUCUUUGUUGCCUGCCUCUUCAGUGGCUCCCUCAGCACCGUAUCCUCUGCUUUCAAUUCAUUGGCAACUGUCACGAUGGAAGACCUGAUUCGACCUUGGUUCCCUCAGUUCUCUGAAGGCCGGGCCAUCAUGAUUUCCAGACUCCUUGCCUUUGGCUAUGGGCUGCUUUGUCUGGGAAUGGCCUAUAUUUCCUCCCAGAUGGGACCCGUGCUGCAGGCAGCAAUCAGCAUCUUUGGCAUGGUUGGGGGACCACUGCUUGGACUCUUCUGCCUUGGGAUAUUUUUUCCUUGUGCCAACCCUCCUGGCGCCAUCGUGGGCCUGUUGGCUGGACUCAUCAUGGCCUUCUGGAUCGGCAUUGGGAACAUGAUGACCAACAUGGGCUCCAGCACGGCACCCUCACCCUUUAACGGGUCCAGCUUUUCCCUGCCCGGCAAUCUGACUACUGCCACCAUGAACACACUAAUGCCCUCAACCACCCGCUCCAGGCCCGCAGGGCUGCAGCGUCUCUAUUCCCUGUCGUACUUAUGGUACAGCGCUCACAACUCCACCACAGUCAUUGUGAUGGGUCUGAUUGUCAGUCUGUUCACUGGAGGGAUGCGGGGCCGGACCCUGAACCCGCGGACCAUUUACCCAGUUUUGCCAAGACUCCUGGCCCUCCUGCCCCUGUCCUGUCAGAAGCGACUUCACUGCAAAAGCUACAGCCAGGACCUGUCCAUGGACACUGCAGUAUUUCCAGAGAAGAUGAGUAAUGGGAUGCUGAAGGGCAGCAGGGACAAGGAGGCCAUGGCAGUGGCGGAAGAGGGCCUAGCCCAGCAGGGGAGCAGCCCCACCUUCAUACUCCAGGAGACCUCACUGUGAUCUGGACUCAGGAACCAGCCCUAGAGGCCACCCUGCAGUACAGGGAUGAGCUUCUUGAUGUGUUCUGCAGGGACGUUCAGGGACUGGAUGACUAACGACCUGGCCUACGCCAAAGGAAUUUGUUCUUUGGAGUUCAUGGUGCAGUAGAAGUUGUCGAGUCAAGGCACAGAUUCUGUCAGCCACAGAGGGCUCUGUGACUUCUUUUUGGAUGUCUAUGACAUCCAGGCCCUUCUCAUUCUUAUCUGUUUACCUCCAUUCUUGAGAGGGAAGUUCUGGUGUCCCUGGGAGGCCUCUCAGAACAGACAGGUAUGUUCAUAUCCUUUGUGUAGGGUACAGAAAGCUUUCUAUCCCACUGUCCCCACCCCUACCUCUAUGGGCACUUGGGGAUGGGGCAGAUAUUGAACCAGGAAACCAGGGCAUGACCAGGUCCACUGUGAAGUGUGCCAUCCAUCUGACUCCUGAGCCAUACCACCCUAGUGUCAUUUUGUCAUCUGUGCUUGUUUCCUUUUGGAGUUUCUUCUCCAUGUAUCUUUGUUCCUAGAGAAUAAAAACUGCUAUCAGACCUAGAA